UCCGUGUGCUCUGGAGUAUAAAUGUACGGGGAGGUUUCCCUAGCGAACUCUUUGUGUGUUUCUCUAAUAAAUCACGCUAGGGGGGUUGAACGUGUCUCUCCGUCUGCGUCCUUUCUUUGUCUGUGUUUCUCCGUUUGUGUUCCAACAAUGAACCGUAUUUUCGGGCGUGGUAAAGCGAAAGGCCCGCCGCCGAACCUCUCGGACUGCAUAGGAACCGUAGAUGCCCGGGCGGAGUCGGUCGAUAAGAAGAUUGCUCGACUGGAUGCUGAGCUGGUCAAGUACAGGGAUCAGAUGAAAAAGAUGCGAGACGGCCCCUCAAAGAACAUGGUGAAGCAGAAGGCCUUGAGGGUCCUGAAGCAGAAGAGGAUGUACGAAGGCCAGAGAGACAACCUGAUGCAGCAGUCCUUCAACAUGGAGCAGGCAAACUACACGAUCCAGACGCUGAAGGACACCAAGACCACGGUGGAUGCUAUGAAAGUUGGAGCCAAGGAGAUGAAGAAGGCCUAUAAACAAGUGAAAAUCGACCAGAUCGAAGACCUGCAGGACCAGCUGGAGGACAUGAUGGAGGAUGCCAAUGAGGUUCAGGAGGCGCUGAGCCGCAGCUACGGCACGCCUGAGAUCGAUGAGGACGACCUCGAGGCUGAGCUGGAUGCCCUUGGAGACGAGCUCCUGAUGGACAAUGACAACUCGUACCUUGACGAAGCCUCUGCACCCGCCAUUCCGGAAGGCAUGCCCAGCGAGAGAACUAACAAGGAGGGGGUCCUCGUGGAUGAGUUUGGCCUACCACAGAUUCCUGCCACAUAGGAGCUGAAGGAGGAUGCUGCUAUCAAAUGUACAAUAAUGUUCAUAUAAAUAUUCCAACAAGGUGGCCUACAAACUUUUUACUGGAAUGGUUUACUUUACUUUGUUUGCGUGUUCUCCCCAUGUCUGUGUGGGUCUUCCAGGUGCUCUGGUUUCUUCCCACAGUC